AGGGGGUUUGAUCUGCGAGUGCGGGCAUGAGUGGUCAUGAGCAGCACAAGUAAUAAUGUGUCCGGGUGUUGAAAGUGUUUGUAUAGUAGUGUUUGUACAGUCGUAAACACCAGGAGCUGCUCGGCUCACCUUGUGCACAGACUUCACAGCUUUGUUACACCAUUUACAAGAAAGUCUCUCUCGUCCGUCAGUGCUGAGAGAAAUAUGAAGUCUCUGGACUUGGAGGAUUCCAACAGUCGCUUCAGGUUUGCUCAGUCCUGUGUGGGGUUGACAGGCUGCCUGUGCGUGAGCUAUGCAGUGUGGACACCAUACUGGCUGAAGGACCGGGGACUCUGGACAGAGUCAAACAACACUGGGAGUGACCAGACAAACCUUAAACAUGGCACUGUCUUCAAUGCCCUGGAAGCAGAGCAAGUGUUCGGCGUCCUCUCCUUCCUCAUGGCCAUGAGCACUGGGGCCCUGUGUCUGGUGUUUGCCCUCUGCUGGACGUCUCAGACGGUGCGGUCGUACUCCAACACUCGCUCUCUGCUCAUGGCCGGACAGGCGCUCUACCCCACCACCCUGCUGCUGCUCACCAUGGCCUCCACAGGUUUCUUCUUCCUCCUCAGCUGGUCUCUUUUCACUUAUCAGCACCAGGAAGAAAUCCGUCAAGACGUCUCCGGCCUCGGCUCUUCCUACUGGCUCGGGGCUCUCGGUUGGGUCCUGCUGAUGGUCGUGGAGAUGAUCGUCUUUAUCGUGGAACAAGCGACAGUGACAGACAUCCAACCAGACUUGGAGAAGGCCGUGGAGUCUUGGCGGAUUUCCGCUCAACUUAGGGCUGCGAAACGUUGUUGUAGUAAUGUGUAACAGCCUGGAAACAGCAAGAAAGACAUUAUCCCAAGACGGUGCAUGGCCACCGUGAAUGCAAUGCAGCUGUAAGGAUGUGACAGAGAAAAUGAUUGUGAACGUGUGAGCUACACAAAAACAACACAACCAAACUGAAUCCUUAUUAACUGUGUCUCGAGAAAUUGAGAUUCUCUGCCUCCUGAAAGUCAGAGCGACUGAACGCUCCAGCGUCCUGCAGGGUUUGACUCCUGUGGUAAAUUCUGCAUUGUUUGUUUUCAAGAUGGACUUUUUAAAAAAAUACACUAAGGACCAAUAAUAAUGGCGGGGAGAUCAAAUGCAAGAUGAGGGCUGCUCCCUAUCAAGGUGAUGUGUAGGAUUUGUGUUUUGCAAAGAUUUGAAAUUCAGAAAGGUCGGCCGUCCAGCUUUGCCUCUGGGCCGGGAACACAUCCAGCUUUUCACUUUGAACUUGUUCCUUUACCUGAAAAAUGAAAUAGGUGCUGCAACGUGCUCGAUGAAUGUUAAAAUAGCACCAUCUUGUGAUGACCACGUGACACUUCUGACAGUGAACCUCAACCGAGGACGAACUACCUUCUUUUUUGAAUUAUUUUACUAAAAAGUGUUUGUGUUGAAAUAGAAAAUUCACACUGUGCUCCUCUGUUGUUUCCUGUAUGAAAGCUGUUCAUGAGUCAUAAAUGGCACCAAUAUUUGUGGUAAUGUCGGGCAGCUGUGGCUCAGGAGCUGGAGCGGGUCGUUCACUAACCAGAAUGUCGGCCGUUCGAUUCUUCAUGCAGAAGUUUCCUUGGGCAAGAGACUGAACCCCAAAUCGCCCCUGACGACUGUGCAGACAGUGUGUGAGUGAUGAUAGAGGAAGUGCUGCACACAGAUGCACUGUACAAAUGUGUUUGUGACCAUUUAUAACCUGUUUAUAACCCUAUAUUUUUUUAUAUAAUAAAAUUAGCAGUCAUAUUGA